AUGUCCUCAAGCAAAGCAAUUAAAAGUAUUUGUGUGAUCAAUGGCGGUGGUCGAUUGGGUCGAAACAUUUUACAAUCUUUGGUCAAUAUUCGAGAGAAUAAAUCUCAAUUGAAUAUUUCUUCGAAUUCAUCCAAAAGUAGUCAGGUGGAUCCUUCGUUCAAGAUUUUCACAUUUGUGACUCCUGAUCGAAAGGACACGUUUAAUUCCGAGGGAUUUGUUAAACAAUUGGAUGGAGUGACGGUUGAGAGGACAGAUGGAUUGGGAAGAAAGGAAUUGAGAGAUCGAUUUGCCAAAUACGAUGUCCUUAUUAAUGCCACAGACUUUGAAAAGAGUUACAACGAAGAAGAAUAUGAGAGUAACGUCAUUGAAGCUUGUUUCGAUGGAAAUGUCAAACGUUACAUUCCUGCUGAUUUCACAGUCGAUUUCAAUAAUUUCCAAAACGGAGAAUGUGAAAAGAUGGAAAUUCGUAAAAGAAUUCGAUCCUUACUUGAGAAGAAUCAAUCGAAAAUGUCAUUCACUUCCAUUCUCAAUGGUGUUUUCCUCGAACGAUUGUUCGAUCCAUUCUAUAAAUGGAAAAUUCUCAAUUUAGAAGAACAAUUAGUCGAAUAUUACGGAAAAGAUAAUUCAGACAAGGUUCCAAUGAUUGACUUUUCAUUGUAUCCAGAAGUUGGUCAACUCUGUGCCUUAACCUCAACAUUGUUAUUCGAUCAAACUUCCAACAAGACCAUUCCCUAUGUGUCUCAAUCCUACGACAUGAACGAAUUAGCCGAAAUGCUCACCAAUGAUUUGGGACAUGGCAAAUGGAAAGUCAAGAAGAUUGGAACUUUGAAAGAUUUAGAAAAGAAAAUUGCUGAACGCAAGAGUCAUCGCAUUCAGAAAAUGGAUGAAAAUGUCGAUGAAGAAUUCGCAUGGGAUUAUUUGUAUGCCAUUUUCAGUGAAAAGGGUCGUCUCUCACAGGCCACAAGUACUGAAUAUCAAUCGAUUAAGGAUGUUGUGGAGAGAUUUUCAUCUGUCAUUUCACCCUUAAAAGGAAAAGAGGAAAUGACACCAAGUGUGACUAGUUCUGGAUUGGAACGUAAAGAUUUAUUCCACAAGAUGGUCGGUGACCAACAAGUAGAUAAAGAAACACUCACGAAAAUGUGUAGUAGUGCUGGAUGUGGUUACGUACAAGUCGCUACCGAUAGUACUUCAAAAAUUAGACCUACUGGAGCUCCAAUUAAGGAAGGUCCUUAA